GUUUCAAUUCAUUUGCAGCAUCAAAGAAACUUUGCAUGCAAGUUAGACAGAAAAACCCCCAUUUCUCCAUUUCUCUCUUCAUCUUCCAAAAACCCCCAUACCCAUUUCCCCUUUGCUCCAAAGUUCGAAACUUUCCGACAUUCUCAUGGACCGUGUACCCAAAACCGAACCCGGGUCAUCCCCAUUCAUACCCGGGUCAUCCCCACCCGUUUUCGCUUCUACCAGCCCCAGAAACCUCAGAGACAUGAGCGUUUCGGAGCUGGUUGCGGUGUUGCGCCCUGCGUUUCGGGCGGAGGAUUAUGAUAAGGUCGAGGAGGUUCUGGAGAGCAAGUACGAGAAGCUCCAAGGGCAGGUUGAGAUGGAGAGGCUGGAAAGGAUGCAUCUUGAGGAACAGUUGAGGCAGAGAAAUGAAGAGUUUGAUAAAGGGAAGAAUGAAAAGGAAAAUUAUGAAAUGUUGUUGAAGAUUAUGAAGGAAGCUGGUGGAUUGGCUAGUGGUGGUAGUGAUUCUCAUUGUAUUGAUGAGAUGAAGAAGAAGAUUGGUGAGUUAGAGGCUGAGAAUUUUGAAUUGAAAGAGAUGAAGAAAAAGUUGGUGGAUGAUGUUGUAGAGUUAAGGAAAAAGAAUGUUGAGUUGGUUUGUGAGAAUUAUGAGAUGAAUGAGAUGAAGGAGAAAUGGGUUGAUGAUAGUAGUGCUUUGGCUGAGCUUAGGAUUAGGGUCAGAGUUUUGGAGGAUGAGAAGUUUAAUGUUCAUGAUGCCUUUGUUGCAGUUAGGAGGAAAAAUAGUGAACUUGAGGAAGGGUGGAGGAAGAACUUGGUGAAAUUGGAGGAGCUGAGGGCUGAGAACUGCAAAUUGGAAGAAGAGAAGCGCCGGAUGAAGAGGGAAUUCGGGGAGCUGAAUCGACGGCUUGCGGGUAUGGAGGAUGAUAUGAAGUUACUGAUGAGUGUAGAAACCGGUGGUGGAAACAUUGAGGGAGAUUCUCCAGCUGGUUACAGGGCUAAUGAGGAGGUCAUUGGUGUUUAUGAGUUUGGGGGUACUGUGAAAAGAAAUGAAGAUCCUUACUACUCUCUUGGUGGUGUCACUUCUCAGUCCUCGAACAAAGGUUGCAAGGAUGCAGGUGGGGGAAUAGAGAAAUUGGAGAAUGAUGAUAAGAUAAUAAACCUAGAUGACAGUGACGAUCACGCCGAUGCAAAGAAGGCCCUUUCUGGAAUUAGAAUCAAGAGUGACCCUCCAAGUUCAUUUGUGGAAGUCCAACAAAAAAGCACUCUUACAAAAGAAAUUGAAUUACUCAAAAGAAAACUUCCUUUUACUGUUUACUCUUCCUGCACUGGUUCAUCGUCUGAUGAAGAAUUAGAUGUUGAUAAUCUUCCAUUAAGUUUUGUACGUAACAAGAGGAGUUAAACUUAUGGAGACAGUCUUAGAUUAAACUUUUUGCCUAGGUAAAUGGGCUAUAUUAAAUAUCCCUACAUGCCCUUUUGUUAGUUUAUAUAGAAACAGCUAACUUGGACUUUUUCCUAAAUUCUGGUUCACCUGCUAAAUCAAGGACUGGUUGUUCUCUAGCCAAUCUUACACAGGGAAGUGUAGGCUAGUUCUUAGUUUUGGAAAUGUAAAGAUGCUGGAUUGUGAGCUGUUAAUGUGGGAAUCACUGUACAUUUUGAAUGUAAGUGGACUUUACUUAACUGAUAGAUUCAGUGUUAUCUACUUUGCUUAUAAAUGACAUGAAUGCAUGAACAAUUAUGUUACAUUUUGGAACUUGUA